AUGGCUGAAUACCAAGUGGGCGCGCCCUCCGUCCUUGCCACCCACACUAUCGAUCCCAGUCAACAAGAAAUCUCGCAUCCGCCAAAGUCGUACACAUAUUAUCAUGCCGGGCCGUUAUUCACCAUCGCAGAACUCCACACAAACGCUCUUCUCGCUGAAGCCAUUCGACAUUGGUCUUCGGGGAAAUUCAUCCCCAUCUUACCACAAGAUCUUGAACAGCGUGACCUGAGCGCUCAUUCAAUCAGAGACGAAGAUCUUCGUGCUCUGAUUUCCUGCGAUAUGGCCAUGUUCACCUAUGACGGCACCGAGUUGGACGCCGGCACAGUCGUCGAGUACAUGGUCGCUAAGAUGGCCGAUAUCCCCACAGUCAUUCUACGGACAGACAUUCGAGGAGGGGGCGAUCAGAAAGGAACAGGCGAUCCGUGGAACCUGAUGAGCUCUAACUGGCCCAGAACCGUGGGUGUGGCUGUUGACGCAAUGGUGGGUUACAAGACGAGUCUCCAGCAGGCACAAUCUGGCCAAGGGUCUCUAGGGAGGACGGUUGGCGAGUCCAUGAUUGAACAAGUCGCCCAGAAGGUUGUCGAUGCUUUUGAGACGGUAUUGAAGGAGCCCCCAAGAAUGCCGAAAGAACUGAGAGAAAGUGUGUAUCAAUGGCUGGCUCUGAUGCCUGGAUUCAAGAACGGAGGCGAUCAACAUAAUCUGGAGGUAUUUACUAAGCUGUGCAAAGAGAAGCAAUCUAGAGGCUUGUUAUGA